AUGAGUACCCCCAAUUUUUUUUUUUCUUUGGCAAAUAUUUCGGCACAACAUUUUCGGGCACUAAAUAUAUCGAACAACACGCCAGACAUUUCUAGUCCAAAAGAACCGGUGCUUCCUAUUUUGGUAUUUACAAAUGUCGAUAUGUGCGCAAUAUUUACGUGGGACGAAAAUGCUAUCGCAGUAAGUGUUCCGCCAUUAAUAUUCUUUAUUCGUCUAGUUUCUUUUAUUGUUCCGGUCGCGAUUGAAAAAAUUACACUUAACCCUGUGGCAGAUCUUUAUAUCAUAAAUCUAAACGAAGGAAAACAUUCUAUUCUCAAAAUCGUUAUUGAAAAUACUGAUUUUGGUUCUAAUGAUGUCAAUUAUAAACAUCAUGUGAUGUAA